AUGAUGCACAAGCAAGCUGAAAAACCAUUAAUGCAGAUAAGCAGUAGAGGAAUGGAAAAAGUGGUGAUUGUGAUGGGUGCAACAGGUACCGGAAAAUCAAAACUUUCUAUUGACCUUGCCACCAGGUUUCAAGGGGAGGUAAUAAAUGCAGACAAAAUACAAGUCUAUGAAGGAUUAAAUAUUGUGACCAAUAAAAUCACCGAUGAAGAAUGCAAUGGAGUGGCACACCACCUUCUUGGAAUUGUUGAUCCGGAGUCCGAUUUCACUGCUGAUAAUUUCGCAAGGGCGGCUUUACUGGCCAUGAAAUCCAUCAUCCAGAGAGGGAAGGUGCCGAUAAUUGCUGGUGGAUCGAACUCGUUUGUUGAAGCAUUGGUGGAGGAUGAGAAAUACGAGUUCAAAUCAAGGUACAAUGUUUGCUUCUUGUGGGUUGACGUCGCAACCGUGGUGCACAACCAAAUUUUGGCGGAACGUGUUGACCGGAUGGUGGCUUCUGGGAUGGUGGAGGAAGUCAGAAACAUGUAUAACCCUAAUGCCGAUUACUCAAAAGGGAUCCAUAGAGCAAUCGGAGUGCCAGAAAUCGACUCGUAUUUCCGUGCUGAAUAUUCAUCAUCCUCAGAUGAAAAAGCUCGCGCCAAAUUACUAGAAGCGGCCAUUAAUGAAACAAAGAUCAAUACAUGCAAUCUGGUUAACCGACAACUGGAAAAAAUAUACCGGCUAAGAGAUGUUAAAGGGUGGAACAUUCAUCGGUUAGAUGCCACCAAAGUCUUUGAGAAAAAGGGUAAAGAAGCCGAAGAGGCAUGGAUUGAGCUUGUUGUUGGGCCUGCUUUGGUGAUUGUAAGUGAAUUCUUGUACAAUCAGUUUUAA